CCCCGUAGCAUCUCAGGUACCGGCCCUGCCCUGCCACGCUCACUUCCCAUCCUCUCUUUCCCUCUCUCUCCCGAUCACUCCAUUCUAACCAUGUAGCUCCACCCAGACAUGUCUCUUCCCAAACACACCUCCCCAUCUCCCUUAUCCUCCUCGCCCUCCCGCCAAUCAGUCCGCCGAACCUCAGGAUCUCGCCCCCAGAGCAUCAUCGACCGGCCCGGCACCGCCCAACAGGUCACCGACAUUCCGGAGGAGCAUGACUCUCACGAAGCUGCACCUGCACCAGCUUCAGUCCCACAGGUACACGCUCCAACCGAGCACGACAAACCCCACGAUACAACACCCACCUUCCAACCCUUCUUCACCCUAAUCGAAGACGCCAACUCCUCCGAAUACCACCACCCCACAGUCCACUACAUCUUCUCCGACGAUGACACCGACAUCGUGACCGAGGCGGCCCUACGCGCCCUAGAAGCAGAGCCCGAUCUUUUCGCAGCCAACGGAAAGGGUAAAUCCAAACCCACACAAGACCUCCGCCACGAAGCAGACGGUGGUGCACAGGGCACAUACCCCGAAGACGAUGAAUACGCCCACCAGAGGAAGGAAUCCCUCCUCCCGGACCCUAUCCCAGGCGUUCGCGAUAACUACGUGAUCCUCGAUAUAGACUAUGCGUCUCCUGACGGUGCACAAACCGAGACGACAGGCCCGACCAACGACGGCGCGGCUAGCGCCCACGAAGCCCAAGGAACAGGACCUCCGCUUACACAACAGCAACAGCAGAGUCAAAACCAACCAUCGGCGCAUAAAUACACUGUGACCUCUGCACACAGUCUAUCGCCAGCAUGGCAGGUUCUGAAUACGCAACUGGUUUCGGCGCCUACCUUCGAGAAUAACAAUUCAUCCGGGGGACAGCCGCCUAAUGGAAGUCUGAUGCUCAAGAUCAAAGGCACGGCAGGACUGCCUAUGAAUAUGCUGGGGAAGGAUAAAGAUAGAGAGAGAAGUAGUCAGCGGUUGGAGGAUAUGAUGGAUCAGUUCGCGAAACGGUUGUCAGAACUAAGACAAGUAAUCGGUGCUGAGGAACAGGCGGAAGAUGCGGAAGGAGAAGUAGGGGGCGACAUGGCACUGCCUGAGGAAGGGGAUGUCGAAGGUGCUCCUGUGGUUAAUACUGAAGAGCCUAACGAAGCCCAGACUCAUGUUGAGGGCGGUGGGGAGAACGAGGGACCGUCUGCAGAAAGUUGAGUUGGGAAGUGCAAAUGUCCGGACUAGUCAUCAAACCAUGCAGUGUGGCAGUCAAGAUAUGCACUUCGUUCCUGGAAAUGCUCUCUUAGGCACCCACCAUGUUACAUAUCCUAUAGUCUUAUGUUAAGCGGAAAUGUUGACGCAUGCAAUAGCCACGA